AUGAUUUUUCGCGCCUACCUCAGCACGCCCAGCACCAUUAUUGAAGAUGCGGUUUGGGAGUUUGAACUGCUCCUGGACUUCAAUCCCAGCGGUAGCAAUUUUGCCCGCGUUUAUUUGGUGAGCGAUCAGCCCGAUUUAUCGGCUGCACUCAAUGGCUACUUCGUGCGCAUCAGUGGCUCUUCGGCCGAUAGAAUUUCGCUCUUCCGGCAAACGGGCAGCAACAUUUCGCUGGUGGCGGAAAGUGGCGAUGACUGGGCCGAUACGGAUCCCGCAAAGGCCUACAUCCGCGUUAAGCGCAGAAGUGACGGCUUUUGGCACCUGGCGGCCGAUACGGGAACGUUUCAGAAUUACGUGCCGCUGGAUUCGGCUUUUGACCUGGCCCACCGCAGCAGCGCCUGGUUAGGCGUGAAUUAUGAAUACACCAAAACCCGGGCCGAUAAAUUCUUUUUUGACAACCUGCAGGCCAGCGGCCGUGCCUUUGUGGAUUCCAUUGCCCCUACAUUGGAUUCUUUGGAAAUUUUGAGCACCAAUGCCCUGCUGCUCACCUUUAGUGAAAGCCCAACAACGACCAGCGCUGAAAAUCCGGCAAAUUACCAGUUAAGCGCGGGUAUGGGCCAACCGUUGCUGGCUUUGCAAAAUCCGCAAGACCCGCGGCAGGUGGAGCUAAACUGGGCCAAUAAUUUUCAAAAUAAGCAAACGUAUACCCUGAGCUAUAGCGGGAUUCUGGACGAUUUCAAUAAUGCCGCCCAGGGCAGUAUAAACUUUGCCUACCUGGUGGCCGAAGCGGGCGAUGUGGUAAUUAACGAGCUGAUGCCCGACCCGGUGCCCAGCGUGGGGAAUCCGCCAAACGCCCUGCCCGAACGGGAAUACAUUGAACUGUACAACCGCACAAAUUUGCCCAUUAACCUGCAAGGCUGGACCUUAAUUGCCGGCAAUAGCACCGAGGUUUUGCCCGCUUAUGAAUUGGCGGCCGAUUCCUUCGUGAUGAUCACCAAAGAUGAAGGCGUCCCGGAGUUCCCGCCCGGCUUGCCCAUGUUAGGCCUGGACAUGAGCAGCGUAGCCCUGACCAACAGCGGCAAUAGCGUUUCGCUGCUUUCGCCAGAAGGCAUAUUAAUUAGCACCGUGAGCUAUACCGAUGCCUGGUACCGCGAUGCCAAUAAAGAAGAUGGCGGCUGGAGCCUGGAGCAGAUUGACCCCCACAACCUUUGCGGAGGAAAAGCCAACUGGCAGGCUUCGGUUGAUGCCAACGGGGGAACGCCCGGCCACCAAAACAGCGUGUUUGGCCUGAACCCUGACACUACAGCCCCGCGCUUGGUACGGGCCGCCCUGCCGGGCGAUAGCCUCAUCAUGGUUUUCUUUUCGGAGGCCCUGUCCGAUGAACUUAUAUUUCAGCCGGGAAACUACCGCUUGGUUCCUCCCCUUCCCAUUGAUUCAGUUUCGGUGCCCCUUUCGCGCGACCGCGUGGUGCUUUACCUGGCUAAGGGCCUGGCCCCGGAAACCAUUUACAAUCUUUCCCUGGAUUCGCUGCCGCAAGAUUGUAGUGGAAAUUUCAUGAAGCGCGAUACCCUGCGCUUUGGCAUUCCGGCUGUACCCGAAGCGGGAGAUAUUCUGAUCAACGAAGUACUUUUCAACCCUCCCCCCGAGGGCAGCGAUUUUGUGGAGCUUUACAAUGCCAGCGAUAAAGUCUUUGACCUCUCAAAAAUACUGCUGGGAAAUUAUGAUGCCAUAAGCCAAAGCAUUGCAGAUGGCGAGCCAAUUAGCGAGGAGAGUUUUCUGUUUUUCCCGCAAACCUACCUAGCCUUAACCAGCGAUACCGCCUUCCUGAGAAAGGAAUAUUUCAGCAAAAAUCCUGGAAACCUGGUAGAAGUUACGGCCCUUCCGUCCCUCCCCGAUAAUGAAGGCAACCUGGCGCUUAGCAGCUUGAAUUUGCAGUUGCUGGAAUACUUUCAAUACGAGGAAGACCUGCACCUGCCGGUAAUUAAUGAUCCCGAAGGGAUUAGCCUGGAGCGCAGAAGCCUGGCGAUUACUGCCCAGAAAAAUGAAAAUUGGCAAAGCGCAGCCGCGGCUGCCGGUUACGAUGGCUACCACGACCAGGUGAACAUUGCCUUUGCCUUUGAGCAGCCCAAUAACGUGGUGCUCCCGCACUUCUGCUUCAGUGCCAAGCUCUUCUUUUAUUUCGCGCUUCAGGGCUUGCUCCGGGCCUUCGGCCGCCUGCAGUUUGCCCCCGGGAAAUUCCCAAUAGCCGGCAUGCGGCUUAUGCUCGGCUCUGUUUUGCCCAACAAGCCGGGAGUGUAUCAGCACAUCGACAAAAAUGGGAAGAUCCUUUACAUCGGCAAAGCCAAAGACCUGAAAAAACGCGUUUCCAGCUAUUUUACCAAAUCGCACGACAGUGCCCGCAUUUACGUAAUGGUGCGCAAAGUGGUUGAUAUUAAAACCAUUGUAACCGAAACCGAGUUUGACGCUCUUUUGUUGGAAAACAACCUGAUAAAGGAAUACCAGCCGCGGUACAACAUCAACCUGAAAGACGAUAAAACCUACCCCUGGAUUUGCAUUAAAAAGGAACCUUUUCCGCGCAUUUUUCCCACCCGCAACCCGGUAAAAGAUGGCUCCGAGUACUUCGGGCCUUACGCCUCGGUGAAGGUGAUGAAAACGGUACUGGGCCUCAUUCGCCAGUUGUAUCACAUCCGAACCUGUAAGCUCAAUUUGAGCGAUGAAAACAUACAGUCGGGCAAAUUUCGGGUGUGCCUGGAAUACCAUAUUGGCAAUUGCCUGGGCCCCUGCGAAGCGCGGCAAACCGAGAAGCAGUAUAACCUGGACGUGGAAGCCGCCCGCAUGCUGAUCAAGGGAAACCUCAACGCGGUAAAGCGCCAACUGGAGCAACAAAUGCGCGCUGAAGCGGAAGAACUGCGCUUUGAAGAGGCACAGAAAACCAAGGAGAAGUAUCAGUUGAUUGAUCGUUAUCAGGCCAAAAGCACGGUGGUAAAUCCCAAUAUCACCAACGUGGAUGUGUUUUCGGUUUUCACCGAUGCAGAAUACGGCUACGUUAAUUUUCUGAAAAUUAUUGACGGGGCAGUGUUGCAAUCGCACACCGUAGAAAUGAAAAAGAAGCUGGAGGAAAGCGAAGCCGAAUUUCUGGAGUUGGCCAUUCCGGAACUGCGCAACCGUUUUAGUUCAGACAGCCGCGAGGUUUAUCUUUCACAUGAAGUGGACUUUGAAAUUCCGGAAGUCAACUUCCACGUUCCCCAGCGAGGCGAUAAAAAGCAUUUGGUGGAAUUGAGCCUGAAAAACGGACGCUAUUUCCGCAUGGAAAAACUCAAAAACAUUCAGAUCGUGGACCCCGACCGCCACGUAAAACGCCUGAUGGGGCAAAUGCAGAAAGAUUUGCGCCUGAGCGAAGAGCCGCGCCACAUCGAAUGUUUCGACAAUUCCAACAUUCAGGGCACCAACCCGGUUUCAGCCUGCGUGGUGUUUAAAGACGGCAAGCCCAGCAAAAAAGAUUACCGCCAUUUUAACAUUAAAACCGUGGAGGGCCCGGACGAUUACGCCAGUAUGUACGAGGCGGUUUUCAGGCGUUACCGCAGGCUGCUGAACGAAAACGAGCCGCUGCCGCAACUCAUCGUUAUUGAUGGGGGCAAAGGGCAGCUGGGCUCGGCCGUAAAGGCCCUGGAAGAUCUUGAACUGCGUGGCAAGAUUGCCAUUCUGGGCAUCGCCAAAAGGCUGGAAGAACUGUUUUUCCCGGGCGAUAAAUACCCGCUUUAUUUAGAUAAACGCUCAGAAACUUUAAAGGUAAUUCAGCGCCUGCGCGAUGAAGCCCACCGCUUUGGCAUUACCCACCACCGCAACCGCAGAAGCAAGGGCACUUUUAAAUCGGAGCUGGAACAAAUCAACGGAAUUGGCAAAAAAACCGUUAAGGAACUGUUGAGCAAGUUUAAAAGUGUGAAAAAGGUACGUGAAGCGGGGGAAGACGAAUUGACGCAAGUGGUGGGGCCCCAUCGCGCCAAGCAAAUAACUGCUUAUUUUGCAGACCAUGAAAAUCAAUAA